ACACAACACCUCAAUAACUGUAUAUUCUUUGAAUCAUAUCCAUCUCUCUAACAACUAAAAUCGGCUGCAUUGUUCUUUCCAGCUGUUUAUUUCUAAAUUAUUUUCAAAUAUUUAGUUGAUGAGCUCAAACACGUUAAUGAUUUUUGUGUUGAUUAAUUCAAAAUUGAUUAAUUGGGCUGGUGCUAAUUAAACUGUAAAGUGAUCCACACACAGUUCGCCUAAUUAACACGCAUCCAUGUGUAUAUAUAACACACAAGUCGCAGCACAUAGCAACACACCACAAAACACACAAAUACAUAAACGAUCUCUUCUUUUGCUUUCUCAGUAAUUAACAAUGGAUGCAAUGAAGAUGAGACUCUUUGAGGCUGUCUUGGUGGCUAUGAUGGCUUUCUCUGCUCUGCAACAUGCAGCCGCCGUGGAGGCUCCAGCUCCGAGCCCUACCUCUGACGCUUCCUUGUCUAUCCCUGCUUUUGUCGCUACCGUAGCCACUCUGGCGUUUGGGUUUCUAUUCUGAGCAGAUUCCUUUUGAUUUUUUUAGUUUAUAUAGAAAUCAUAUUCUUGAUUUCAUAAUUAUUUUCACUCUUGUGUAUUGUUUAAAGAUUUGCCACAUCCGAAUAUCAAUAAACACAUCCCUAUCAGUUUCUUUGUACUA